CGUCACGGCCAGCCUCGUUCGGAUGCAACCGGCGGGAGUUUUUCAAAAUGGGAGCGCGGAGGCGCCGCCCAGGCUUCGGAAGGUGCCCGGGAGACCUUUCGGUGGCUUUGCUGUCGUCGCCAGGAGCGGCGGCCUAGUAAGCCGAGCCUGAUGGGCGCCAAAAUCGGCUGGCUGCUUGGAGCGCUGCCUCGACGGAACUACGUGACGGAAGCUAAUCCGGGAAGGACAGGCAGGGGCCUGGAAAUAUGGCGACCUGCAUCGGAGAGAAGAUCGAGGAUUUUAAAGUUGGAAAUCUGCUUGGUAAAGGAUCAUUUGCUGGUGUCUACAGAGCCGAGUCCAUUCACACUGGUUUGGAAGUUGCAAUCAAAAUGAUAGAUAAGAAAGCCAUGUACAAAGCUGGAAUGGUACAGAGAGUACAGAAUGAGGUGAAAAUACAUUGCCAAUUAAAGCAUCCUUCUAUAUUGGAGCUGUAUAACUAUUUUGAAGAUAACAAUUAUGUGUACCUAGUAUUAGAAAUGUGCCAUAAUGGAGAAAUGAACAGGUAUCUAAAGAACAGAAUGAAACCAUUCUCAGAAAAUGAAGCUCGACACUUCAUGCACCAGAUCACCACAGGAAUGUUGUAUCUCCAUUCUCAUGGUAUAUUACACCGGGACCUGACACUUUCUAACCUCUUACUCACACGAAAUAUGAACAUCAAGAUUGCUGAUUUUGGGCUGGCAACUCAGUUGAAAAUGCCACAUGAAAAGCACUAUACAUUAUGUGGAACUCCUAAUUACAUUUCACCAGAAAUUGCAACACGAAGUGCACAUGGACUUGAAUCUGAUGUUUGGUCCUUGGGCUGUAUGUUUUAUACAUUGCUUAUUGGAAGACCACCUUUUGACACUGACACAGUCAAGAAUACAUUAAAUAAAGUAGUACUGGCAGAUUAUGAAAUGCCAACUCUUUUGUCAAGAGAGGCCAAGGACCUCAUUCACCAGUUACUUCGUAGAAACCCAGCAGAUCGUUUGAGUCUGUCUUCAGUAUUAGACCAUCCUUUUAUGUCCCGAAAGUCUUCAACAAAAAGUAAAGAUUUAGGAACUGUAGAAGACUCAAUUGAUAGUGGACAUGCCACAAUUUCUACUGCAAUUACGGCUUCUUCAAGUACCAGCAUAAGUGGUAGUUUAUUUGACAGAAGAAGACUUUUGAUUGAUCAGCCACUCCCAAAUAAAAUGACUGUAUUCCCAAAGAAAAAUUCAAGUGACUUUUCUUCUUCAGGAGAUGGGAACAGUUUUUAUACUCAGUGGGGAAAUCAAGAACGACAAACCAGAAAUAAUGGAAGGGGAAGAGUAAUCCAAGAUGCAGAAGAAAGGCCACAUUCUCGAUACCUACGUAGAGCCCAUUCCUCUGAUAGAUCCAGCACUUCCAAUAGUCAGUCUCGAGCAAAAACAUAUACAAUGGAACGAUGUCACUCAGCAGAAAUGCUUGCAAAAUCCAAAAGACCAGGAGUAGAUGAGAGUGAAGAAAGAUGCUCACUCACAAACAGCAAUGUCAAUAUUUUUCACUUCUUUAAAGAAAAGACAUCCAAUAGUUCCGGAUCUUUUGAAAGACCUGAUAAUGAUCAAGCACUCUCCAAUCAUCUUUGUCCAGGAAAAACUCCUUUUCCAUUUUCAGACAAGACAUCUCAGACUGAAAUGGUGCAACAGUGGUUUGGGAAUCUGCAAAUAAAUGCCCAUUUAAAAGAAACUACUGAGCACAACAGCAUUAACCCAAACAGAGAUUUCCAGGGCCAUCGAGAUGUGCGAGAUACGUCAAGAAAUGCCUGGACUGACAUAAGAGCGAAAAACAGCCCUGAUGCUUCUGACGAUGUGCAUUCUGCAAAACAGCUGAAUACCAUGAAAUAUACGACUGCAUUUCACAGUAAACCCGAGAUAAUUCAACAAGAGUCCAUUUUUGGCUUAGACCCUCUUUCUGAACAAAGCAAGACUAGAGGCGUGGAGCCACCAGUGGGUUAUCAGAAACGUACAUUACGAAGCAUUACAUCUCCUUUGACUGCUUAUAGGUUAAAACCAAUCAGACAGAAAACCAAAAAGGCUGUGGUAAGCAUACUUGAUUCAGAAGAGGUAUGUGUGGAGCUUCUAAAGGAGUAUACAUCUCAAGAAUAUGUGAAAGAAGUUCUUCAAAUAUCUAGUGAUGGAAAUAUGAUCACCAUUUAUUAUCCAAAUGAUGGAAGAGGUUUUCCUCUUGCUGAUAGACCGCCCUUACCUACUGACAACAUCAGUAGCUAUAACUUUGACAAUUUACCAGAAAAGUAUUGGCGAAAAUAUCAAUAUGCUUCCAGAUUUGUACAGCUUGUAAGGUCUAAAUCUCCAAAAAUCACUUAUUUUACAAGAUAUGCUAAAUGCGUUUUGAUGGAGAAUUCCCCUGGUGCUGAUUGUGAGGUUUGGUUUUAUGAUGGAACAAAGAUACACAAAACAGAAGAUCUUAUUCAGGUGAUUGAAAAGACUGGGAAAUCUUACACCUUAAAAGGUGAAAGCGAAGGUAACAGCUUGAAAGAAGAUAUAAAAACGUACAUGGAUCAUGCUAAUGAGAGCCAUCGCAUUUGUUUAGCACUGGAAUCCAUAAUUUCAGAAGAGGAAAAGAAAAGUGGCAGUGCUCCGUUUUUCCCAAUAAUCAUAGGAAGAAAACCUGGUAGUACUAGUUCACCAAUAUCACCUCCUCCUCCUAUGGAUCUAGACUACCCAAUGAGAGAGAGACCGUCUUUGAAUAGAAUGGUCUUCAAUAGUGCUACUUCUAAACAGGCACCAGUACUUAAUCCUUCUAUAGUUAAAAAUGAUGGACUUGGACUUACAACUACAGCCUUUGGAACAAACAUCUCUUCUACUAGUGUAAAAGAUUGUCUUCCUAAAACAGCACAACUUAUGAAAUCUGUUUUUGUGAAAAAUGUUGGUUGGGCCACACAGUUAACUACUGGUGCCGUGUGGGUUCAGUUUAAUGAUGGAUCACAGUUGGUCGUACAGGCAGGAGUGUCUUCUAUCAGUUACACUUCACCAAAUGGUCAGACAACUAGGUAUGGAGAAAAUGAAAAAUUACCAGAAUACAUCAAACAGAAAUUACAGUGUCUUUCUUCCAUCCUUUUGAUGUUUUCUAAUCCAACUCCUAGUUUUCCCUGACUAAAGCUCCCUUUAGAUACAUAAAUUUAAUAAAUAACAUUUUUGUUGGCUUUCAAGUGAAGUGACUUUUUUUAAAUUUAAUAUAGCUUCCUCAGAAAGCCUUUUUACAAAAGAAUUUAAUCUAUACCAUAAUGGAUGUAUUUUAAUGAGAGAACAAAGCAAAAUAAAACUUGAAUCACUUAAAAAAUGUAGUGGUCAUAGAUUAAAAUAGUACAUCUACCUUUUUCCUGAGAACCUGUACCCCCAAACUUAUGAUGAUCAUAUACUUGUACUGAACAAUCUCUUGAAAGUAAAAAUAUUAAUGGUCUGUGGAAUAUUUUUGCUUUUAUUAUUUACUCCUCAGACAUGUUGAGAAUCAUAGACAAAACUUGGUGGAGUUUUUUAAAAUUUUUGAACAUGUAAAUAAUGUGUAUGUUAUAAGCAACAUAUGUAAACAUGUAUAUUUGUUUUAUAUUUAUUUUUGUAGCAUCAGUUUCUGA